CGGGGUUUUCCCUGGGUGCCGCUAUUAUCAUAAAUGACUGCAAAUGCGCGAUCCGAAUGCCCCUAAUUGUAACCCUAAGCACUAAUAAAUGGCGGCCUCCCAACUUUAUCUCGCAGAUGGCUAUAUGAGAGACUUCUCUCAGUUCAUCCAGGAUGUGGAAGAUGAUUAUGUCUACCCUAUUCCAGGUGACUCUCGUCCCACCCGUGAGCUUGGAUGGCACUGUAUCAAAUACGAGGGAAACAUCGACGGAAAAGGCAACACCAUCAUUUUUCGCUGUGUCAGAUCCCAUCGAGAGGUACGCAUCUCGGGGGCUGAUGGAUGGGAGUCCAGUUGGGAGCACUACCCAGGAGGGGAAGUGUUUCCUUCGGACAUAAUUAAGCACGCAGCUGAUGCCGCAUUCCGCGGCCUCCUCUCUGCGGAUGCUGCAGCUACCACGACCUCAAACGUUCAGCUGACAGAGGAGAUAUGUCGGCAGGCCGAAAUUUCUGCUCUCACCUUCUCUUCCCAAGCAGUCGAGCCUUCUUGGUCCGAAUCUUCUUCCAGAGUUGUAUCGAUGUUUGGCGAGGAUGAUCAGGAUCAGGAUCUCGAAAUUGGCCCCGACGAUGCCGUCGAUGAGCAACUUGCUCGCCAUCACUUGGAAGAGCCAAACAACGACAAUGAAGACGCUCAAGACGAAGAUGAUAAUAGUACUCGUAGGUGGCUGUUUUUUGUAUGUGGUGUCUCAGUUAUAUACACAGUGCACAGUACGAGGGAAGAAAACAGUCCGCUUCACUUCCAGCACUAUCGGCUAAUCGCCCCCCACCGUCACGCACUCUCUAAGCUCCAGCUAUUACGGCAUCUCACACAGGCUCGGAGCCUUAGAUGUUCAUUUAUGCAACUUCGUUAACCCAACAGGUGGGCUCCGAAACUCAUUCUGUUGUUCCAGUUAUGUGAAUCACACCAUAGGUCCUAUGUCGACGAUGGUCAGAUCGUCCGAUGAGAUUAGUUUACUGCUUAUAAGUCAGAUUGGCGAAGACUACCGAACUUCGUGACUGUAGCCCGAAUAAUUGACACUUCCUCUUUCCUCUACUUUGUAACGUUUAUACUGCUAGAAUAGUUAUCCUAAUAUCAAGAGUUCUGCCCCCGUUUCACAUUCAAUUUCA